UGUCGCCAUUUUGAUUGGUCAAUGGCGAUUGCCGCGAGUGCUACGUUUUACAAACGAACGGAAAAUCUUGCAUUUGCUUGUUUUACAUUUCGUUUGGACGCAGCAGCAGCAUCAAUAUAGCGAAUUUCGACAUUGGUAAAUUAUUAUAAUUUUGCGCCAUGGUCGGACGGGAUAUCACACCUACGGAAAUAGGCAAGCACGCCAAAUUAAUUAAAACGGCGCAAGAGGAAAUGGCCACAAUGGAUGUGCUUGUUUGUGGUCGAUGUCUUAAUGUCUACCACUUUAUAGAAGAUUUUGAUGAUCAUAAACAGAAACCUUGCCAAAAGGAGAACACCAAUGUACGUGAAUGUAAUGACACUAAACCAAAAAUCUGGGCGUUUUUAUUGUGGAAAGCAACACAACUACAUAAUAAUAAAGACUCAAAUACGGCAAGCCCCAAUUCUUGGGCGCUGUAUCAAACAUGGGUGAAAAUGGAUGAAAGUCUACGAGAGACAUGGAUUGUGGCUGGCAAAACAAUUCAAUCUUUUGCGAAAGUAGGCCAAGGUGGUCUACAAGAAAUGCCAGUAAAAAUAACUAAAACUGUCGUUAAUAACACUAAUGAAAGUGUUUCACCUGGCAGAAAACUUUUAACGCAAACCAAGCCGCAAGUAGCUAAUUUGAAACCUCCAACGAAAAUUAUAGAUGCUAAAGAUGAAAACGAUUCCACCACUCACAGAGCAGUUACACCGGCGCAAAAAAUUGUCAAGAAACCCGUCACUAUACGAAGUGAUGCAAUAGGAGGCGUGACGCAAAAUAAACUUCCCAUUGGAAAUACAACAAAACCACUAAGUCGACGUGCUAAACGCACAGUGCCCAACUCUGAUGAAGUGAUUGAGGAAAAUGCAGAGAAAAUUGUAGCAAAACGUUUUAACCCGCGUCGAAAGAUGCAUGAAUAUUUAGUAAAAUGGGAAGCACGUACACUUGAACAAAAUACUUGGGAGCCAUCGUCGCACUUAGAAAACGUGCCACACCUGCUGGAAACAUUUGAAACACAAUUGGCGCGACAGAAAGAAACACGUGCCGCUUUAGAAGCCAAGCAAGCUGCUUUAGCUGCUGGUAAAACUGCUGGAUUGGAUACAGCUAACAAAACUGAAACCGGCAAACAUUCAAAACUUCAAAGUGUUAGCAGCAGUAACAACGAUAAUGGCGAAAGUAAUAGGUCAGCAGCUGGCGACGUAUCUACAAGACCGUCGCGUACAUCGAAAACAAAAGCUAUGGAUCAGGUAAAACAAUGGGUUUCUGGUAGUAAUCAAAUCCCCUCUGGGGCAGCUUCACCAAAUGGCAGUGAUGUCGCUGGCAGUUGUAAUAACUCUCAGGAUGGUGAGAGAGAAUGGUCCAUGAAUACCAGCAAUAGCUCUGCUGUCGGUACGGCUGGUUUAAAACGCAAAUUAGAAGAUUCCGACUUUAAUGAUUCCAACGCAAGUGAUUUGCCUAGCACAACGGCAACAAUAGAAGACUUGGAAGAGGAUCUUAUACCAUCACAUACAGUAAAAAGAAUGAAGAAUGGCAAUGCCAUUUCAAUUGAGUCGAAAAUCGUUAAAGUGAAUGGCACAAGCAGCUCACGUACACCAACCUCAGUUAGCGGUGAGUCGUUACCGGUUGGUCCGAAUUCAGCUGAGGUUAUUAUAACACAAGAUGCAAAUGCUUCUGGCGUAAAGAAGAAGCCUGGUUUUAAUGGCAAUAGCCGUAAUGCAACACAAAAAAGUGAGGCCCAAAUACGGAUACUCUCGAAGGGAGAGUCGGCUGUGUCCAGCACAGGUAUAGUAAGGGUUGGCGGUGGUAGUGAUAGCGGUAAUGAAUCUAAAACGGCAUCGUCCGUUACAGCAAAUCGCACCCAAAUUCGCGUCGGAGGUAGCGGUACCGGUACCACCACAGUAGGCAAUACUCAAAUCAACACAAUUUCGCGUCAGCAACAUGUUCAGCGUACACCGGCCGGCACUACUUUGCAACGAAAAACUGUAAUGAAUUCCAGUACAACACAGCAGCAACGUGGCGGCACAUCAAUGCAUGUGCGCAGCGGCGUUGGCAACACCACCAGUUCAACUGUUCAACAACAUGCUUCUCCAACUUCAGGACGCAUGAUUAUUCCGCGACAGGGUAGCUCGGCACAUAUAAACCGAACAACUACAACAAGCAGUACGAAAACAGUUACACCGGAACAAAAAAUACUGCAACUAUCGAAGUCGGGCGAUUUGAAGGUGACAAAGAAGGUGAUGACACGUGAAGAUGCGAUUGCACAGCGCAUGAAUCUGCGGCAACAACAGUCACAAAUACAGAUACAGAAAGUUCAGCAAAUAACGCCACCAACGGGUGGUGGCCGCACGAGUCAAGUGAGCGCUGUGAGUGUACGUAAACAGCCCGAUGGCACAUAUGCGCACGAGGAGCAACACCAAGCACAAUUAUGUCCUAUAACCGGUAAAAUAUUAGGACAAGAUGAUCAGGUGUUGUCCCAGCAAAGUCAAAGCGGCGUAAUGCAUACACAAUUAAUGACGGGCGGUGAGCAGCAAUUGGCCCUACAGCAAGAUCAUCAUCAACAGGGUUUGCAAGAUAUUGAUGCAUCAAUGCUGUUUUCAAGUGAUCAAAUGCUUACCAAUGAAGAUGGCACACCCGUUUUAGUGACCGGUGAAGACGGCACAGUGUAUCAGGUAGCCGGCAAGAAUGCUGAAGGCAAAACUAUACUCGUAACGCAGGGUCCUGAUGGUGAGCAACAAUUCGCAUAUGUUGCUGCAGCCGAUGGUGAUGAAAAUCAAGUGCUAACACUUGACAACGCCGUUGCCGAAGCAGUUGCUCAGAAUCCCAGCGAAUUACAAUCAGACCCCAUGUCAGAGCCGCAAUAUAUUGUCAAAACAACAAACGAAGAUGGCACUACACAAGUAGUUACCAUGAGUGAAGCGGAAUUGCAACAACACCAAGCAUUAGCUGCUGCACAACAACAACAACAACAGCAAGCAGAUGCUGGCAGUAGUGGCGUUGCUGUAACAGCUAGUGGUAGCGGCGCUACCGGGCAGCUCUGCAUACAAACAUCAGACGGCGCGGACGGACAGGAAGCUAAUAUACCGGCUGAAGUUAUACAGGCUGGCAUGCCUUCGCCAGGCGGCACAAGGCGUGUGGUGUUACUGUUGCAAGACGGUACUUACAUGAUGACUGAGAUGCAUGAUGACGAAUAUACAGCAUUGAAUAUCGCCGCGUAAAAUAUGUAAAUGAUGAGUAGGAUACUUGACAAUUUUUUGUAAUGCUGCAGCACACUGGUUGCGUCCUUACACUGAGCGUGCACGACACAUGACAUUGCAUUGGUAACGAGCUCUAUAUUAUAUUUUAAACCAUUUUGUCAUACUGUGCGUGUGUGUGUUUAAUUAUAAAAGUUUUAACGAUAAAAACCAUCGUUACAUGUCUGCACUCUGCUUUAGCGAAUCUAAGGUAGUUUAUUAAAGAUAAAUUUAAUAUUUACUGCUAAACAUACAUACAUCAAACAAAACAACGGUAAACAUGCACAUAACGAAGCCGGGUUUACUUUAAAGUUUGUUAUGAUAUUUUUUCUUUAAGAACUUAGUAUAUUAUAUCUCUAAUAGGUUUUUUAAAAGACAACAAUGUAUUUUUAUUUCUUUAUGGAUUUAAUUCAUGCAAAAGCCGCCUCAUCCGUAUAAUGUACUAAUUUUGUAAAUUAUUAUUUUAAAUACUUGCGCGGGCUGUCUAGAGAUGUGCAUGUUAAGCAUUCAAUAUUGAUUGAUAUCGAUAAUUAUCACAGCUACGGAUGAAUAAUUCGUUAUAUACGUAUAAUAAUAAAGAUGAUUUAAAAUAAAGAACUUAAUUUUGAGCAA